AUGGAGCAGAUCUCUUCAAAUGGACUUCCUCAUUCUCUGCUUGCCUUCUCUUGUAUAGAAGCUGAAAGAGCUGAUAAAGAUGGUUUAACUUCCAAAUCUGUCAAAGCCAAGCUACUCUUGGACCAACUGUGCACAUUGCGUGGAGAGGUGGGAGCUUUGUUUUCUCUGUCCUGUGUGAUAAGCACUGAGACUUUCCCAGCGGCCUCCCAGCUCAGCUCCUGCAAAUGGAGAGACUUCAUGUCCAAACGCCCCAAGGACAUACCUGUGCCUGAUGUGGAGGUAAAAGGUGAGAGAGGCCACUACCUCUUCUUGGUGCAGGGGGCGGAGUCUGGAAGCUGCACAGCGCAAAUGAUACACACGGCCCAUCAGAUCAAUGGUCCCGCUGCCCUGGCUACGCUUAAUGCCCUCAUCAGGGAAAAAGUUCCGCCUUCCUCAGGGAGCAGCACUGCUGACUGGCUGUGGUCCCUGCCGUGUCUCCGUGGAGAACAGUUCUUGCAAAGGGAGAGAAAGCUGGCCAACGUGCAGACUCUGGUCCUCAAAGAAUGCUGUCGGCAACGAGAGGAGGCCCAGAAGCCUGCCGCUAUUCCUGUGAAUGAACUGAAGGCUCUACUAAAUCUGGCCAGAGAGCAGUACCUUGAGAUGCACGACUCCAUACUGCCUAGAACGUCUGAACGCAUGUGCAUGAAGAAGGAGAAUCAGACUUCCUCUUGUAACAUCAGUGAAUGGCCAGAGAGGAGCGUCCUACAAAACUAUGAGAACAUACAGAGAGUCCGACAAAGAUCCAGGUGCAGGCUCUUCAGCAGUGGUUCCUCUGAGAGUCUGAUGGGGCCUAAAGAUAGCCAGAGGGGAAGUUCUACACUGCUGGAUGCCAGAGAACUGCUCAAACACUUCACCCCUGAUGGACUGCCUAGCGGGGAACUACAGCCGCUGCCAGUGCUUAGAGGUGAACAUGCGUUUCAGUUGUCUCCUGACCUCACACCCAGGAAGGUGACCAAGCUUCCUUUCUCAAAGGCCACCAGAUCCCACUACCACGGAAUAGAGUUUUGUCUGGAUGAGCAUAAGGCCCUUGAGCGAGACCGUGGCUUUGUGAAGCUGCAGUCUCAUCUAAUAAGAUAUGAGACCCAGAGUACAUGCUGUAAGGAGCCCUGCCCUGUGCCAUUCGCCCUCAGUCCUGCACCCUCCCCAGCCGUGCUGUCUGAACCGGGCAGCGUGCCCGACGUGGAAGCUCUGCACAGCGAGCCGCCCCGCCUCAAACACUGCUCCCGCGAAACAGACCUCCAGCCACACAAGAGGUUCUGUAAAUCGGAGAGCUCUGAAUCUCUGGGUGCAGGUGGUACUCACCCAGCAGUGGGGGCUUUACGGCAGCAAGCAGCCCAUUCCCGUUCCAGCUCAGGUCUGGCCAGACGGUCUGCUUCGGUUGCCGACCCCUCACCCAGUCAAAAACCCAGCCAGACCCAGACCGAGUCCCGCUCCCAGAAACACAACAGGAUGCUGAGGGAGGUGGUUGCCAAGACGCUGAAUAAACAAGGGAUCAGCAGUGAGCACAAGUGCUUUGAAGCCUGCAGUCAAAGACUGUUUGACAUAUCAAAGUUUUAUCUGAAGGUGGGUACGAAUCAUUCUGCCUCUUUCCCUCACACCCUGCUGUCCUGCCUUUAG